AUGGCCGACGAAUGUCCCCAAACAAGGCUCCAGCGGGAAGUGAUGUGCUCCGUCUGCCUGGAGCUCUUCACGGACCCGUACAGAGUUGACUGUGGACACAGCUUCUGCCGCGCCUGCAUUUCCCAGUGCCUGGCGGAGACUUCGGCCGAAGCCACCUGCCCCCAGUGCCGAGUGCCGAUUCAGCCCCAGAAUUUCACACCAAACAAGGACAUGGCCCGCUUUGUCGAAAUAGUGAAGCAGAUGAGCGGCCCCAGUGUGGUGGAAGCAGGGAGGAAGGAUAUCUGUGAGGCGCACCAGGAGCCCUUGAAAUAUUUCUGCAAGACUGAUCAAGUCCACAUCUGUCCAGUGUGUGACAAAUCGGAAAGCCACGAGGGCCAUGACACGGUUCCCGUGGAGGCGGCUGCCCAAGAGUUGAAGGGGUGUGAAACAUACAUCCUACGGGCCGGAUCCGGCCCCUUGAGAGCCGUUAUCCGGCCCAAGAACCAGACGAGGCAGCCACCCCCACCCCAAUCCCGAACUGGGAUGCUGAAAAUGGCAGAAGGGAAGGACAAAAUAAUGACCAGCUUCCUGGUGCUGCGGGAAUUUCUGGUGGAUGCGGAAAUCCUCGUGUGUAAUGAGGUGAGCAGGUUGAUCAACGAGAUCGUGAGGACGCAGGAGGGGAACAUGAGGCGAGGUCAGGAGAAGCUCACUUCUUUCAACCACAUCCUUGAGAGGAUGGAAGAGAUGUGUCGGUUGCCGGAAGAGGAACUCAUGCAGCAAGCUGGUAGUAACUGGCAGAGGUGGGUGAGGGAGACAUUUGACAGACCUGUGGCAUACUCCCCUGCGCUGAAAUGGAAAGUAUGGGAGCUGUGCGAUAUUCAUAACUUUCUGGAGAAUGCCAUCAGUCAACUCCGAGUUCUGUUUGACUCUGGAUAUCGGCUGCAAUACCAGAAAGUAAAUGUGACUUUGGAUCCUGCUACAGCAUAUCCCAAGCUCUUACUGUCUGGGGACUGUAGAACGGUGAAAUGGGAUGACCAAUCUCAGGACAUGCCCGACAAUCCACUGAGGUUCGACUCCUGUUAUUGUGUGCUGGGAUGCGAAGGGUACAGCUCUGGCAGGCUUUAUUGGGAUGUCGACGUGGGGACAGAGGGCAACUGGGCCAUCGGAGUGGCCAAGGAGUCUUCAGAGCGCAAGGGGGAACUAGUUCUGAACUCUGAGAACGGGAUCUACGCCAUCGGGAAGUGCGGGGAUACCUACUGGGCUUUUGAAGAGAUUAACGUCACUUUCCCGUGGAAACCUCUGAAGCCUGUGAGAAUCAGAGUCUUCCUGGACUACGUCGGGGCGGGUGUGACGUUCUUCAACGCCGACCACGCAGUAGAGCUUUUUGAGUUCAGAGAAAAUUCCUUUGGCAAUGAGAGGCUUUACCCCUUCUUCUGGCUCCAGAAGGGCAGCCAGCUCAAAAUCCAUCCUUAG